AUGUUCCGUGGUCUCUUGACAGGCUUCGUUCUCGCUUCUGCCCUUGCCGUUGUGGCCUCGCCGAGUGGCCCUGGCAUUUUACACGCUCGCCAAGACGUUCAGAACAUUGUCUAUGUCACGAGCACAGAUAAACACUGCAUGAUCAUGCCCCGGGAUGCGCAUACGAACAUUGGCGAUAGCGAACACCCUGGAGGCAUGAAAACCUAUUGCACGCCUGCAGGCCGCUACUCUAGCCAGCAGGGCCAGCUUCCAGCUAAUUUCUGGAGUAACAUCGAGUUCCAGAGCGGCAAGGGCAAGAAUGGCGGCCGUUAUGCACAGCUCACUGGCUGCAUCAGACCUAGCACUCUCAGCCGGUUGAACGCAGAUGAUGCAGGCGGACAGUAUGACUCCAGUGGUGGAGAUGGUGGGAGGGGAAACCCCCAGGAUUCUGUUUGUCUCGGUUACAAUCACUACGUGGAGCUCGUUGAGCCUGCUGGCCCCCGUGCAUGCAUUAGGUGCUGUGACGACCCUGCCGACUGCCCUACCAAUACAGAUACGGCAGGCUGCCCCAACGUCAUCCCCGGCAACUACUUUAACUGUGGCUGAAUCCUGCUUGACGAUUCUAGCGAUCCAAAGCUACUCGUACUGAAGGACUUUCAUCUUGGACACUUUCAUGGACAUUGAUGAACUCACAUUACUUCGCUUUCCUCAUAUGAUCUAAUUUGCCAUAAUGCUCUCGAAACCCAUUUUAUUGACAUCGUUUUCUUUACUGCUCAUGAGUGACAUGGUCAAAGAAGUUCUUUCGACUUCCCUUCGUAGCCUUCCCACUUGCCCAGACCAUCAUCGAUGUCCAACAUCCUGGUAGCAUAGAAAAUGUGCGCCGUCGGUUUCACCUCGUCCCAUCUCUUGACCUUCCCUUCGUCAUCUCUUUCCAGCUGUGCACCCCACACGCUGACUCGAUUUGUCUUCGAGUUCUUCGAUGCAAUGGUACAGCCACAGGACUU